CUCUCUCUCUCUCUCUCUCUCUCUCUCUCUCUCUCUCUCUGUCUCCGAUGAAGUGCUUCCAUUUCACCAACGGCGAGAGCCGCAACGACGACGACGCCGCCGCCGACCCCGGCUCCAUCUCCCGCGCUCCCUCCAAAGUCUCCUGGGUCCGCUCCCUCAGCGUCGCCUCCAGCUCCUACGACUACAACAACCGCCGCUCCGACUCCCGCGACAUGUCCGACUCCGCCGCCUUCUACGACCUCCUCAGCCAGCGCCGCGCCAAUGAUCUCCGAGUCUUCGCCUUCUCCGAGCUCAAAUCCGCCAGCCGCGGCUUCAGCCGCGCCUUGCUCAUCGGCGAGGGAGGCUUUGGCUGCGUUUACCGAGGGAUCGUCAACGACGACGGUGCUAAAUUGGACGUCGCUAUCAAACAGUUGAACCGUAACGGCUUCCAGGGGCAUAAGGAGUGGAUUAAUGAGGUGAAUUUUUUGGGAGUUGUUAAGCACCCGAAUCUUGUGAGGUUAGUUGGAUACUGUGCGGAGGAUGAUGAGAGGGGCAUACAGCGGCUUUUAGUUUAUGAACUUAUGCAUAAUAGGAGCUUGGAGGAUCAUCUGUUGGUUCGAUGCCCGUCGCCGCUGCCGUGGAGGACGAGGUUAACAAUUGCGCAGGAUGCAGCUAGGGGAUUGGCUUACCUGCAUGAGGAAAUGGAUUUCCAGCUUAUAUUCCGGGAUUUUAAACCGUCGAAUGUUCUGCUUGAUGAGGACUUUAAUGCAAAACUUUCAGACUUUGGACUCGCAAGGCAGGGACCUCUCGAGGGAAUGACUCAUGUUUCAACCGCGGUUGUGGGUACAGUAGGGUAUGCGGCUCCAGAAUAUGUACAGACGGGGAAACUGACCGCUAAGAGUGAUGUGUGGAGCUUUGGUGUGGUGCUUUACGAGCUCAUCACAGGGAGGAGAGCAAUGGAGAGAAAUCUGCCCCGGAAUGAGCAGAAACUUUUGGAAUGGGUCAGGCCUUAUGCUUCAGAUUCAAAGAAAUUCCAUCUUAUUGUUGACCCACGUCUUGAAGGACAGUAUUGCAUCAAAUCAGCUCAGAAGCUGGCAUCGUUAGCUAACAAGUGUCUAUCAAAACAACCAAAGUCUCGCCCGAAAAUGAGUGAUGUGGUUGUGAUUUUGGGAACUAUCAUCAAUGAGCAGACAUCUCAAGAUGAAGUUGUUCCGCAGCCUGUUAUUGAAACUGAUGAGGUAAAGGAAGAAGCUUUGGAGGUGGUGGAGAUUGUAUCUACAACCAAACAAGGACACAAGAAUCUGAAAAAGGUUUUUGAUAUAAGAGAUAUGGUAAACUUCAGAAACAAAUCUAUCGGGAAGUUAGAUUGGAGAAACUGGACGCCGGGGUUGAUACGAACUUGGUGAUUAAACUACCAGCCAGGUUGUGGCAGAGUGAACGUGUAGUGGAGACUCAGACUGAAGAGUGGCUUCUCUACUAAAGCACUGGUAAACUCUUGGAUGAGAUCUGUCAAGAAAUUAGAUAGCAGCAGCUGGCUAGGUUGAUCAAAACCGGUGAUAAAGCUAUCAGCCCGCUUGUGGUAGAGAACAUCCAUGUGCUUGGCUCCUUCCAGGAAAUGGAACAUGGGCGCAUAUCUACCUGUGAAUUGAAGACGGUAUAGAUUACAUGUUCUUCUUCAAGAGUGGGAGGUACUGCCCUUUUCUUGUGUUUUUGUUUUGCUUUGAUGGGGCUGUAAAUAAUUAAUGACUAGGAAGCUGCACUUGGGAGGCAUGCAUCCCUUUCGCUAAAUACACAACCUAUGAAGUACAAAUUCAUUUUCUCCGUUGUAAUUUUGUAACGGGUAGCAAUCUUGUCAAAAUCUGGCCCAGUGAACAAGCAUAUACCACAAUUGUUUUCCGUAUGUGCUUUGGAAGUUUUGGGUGAUGGUGUCCAUCCUAGUUCACAGUGGUGCAUUAGCGCAUGCUGCCGAUGUGCCAACAACACUUAUUGUCUCUUCUUCUGGGUCAGUUUCUGAAUCCGGGCUGCAGAAACCGGACCAGAAAAUUAUCAAAAGAUUUCGCAGGGCAUGGUCUGUACAUCU